CGGAGCGGCUUAUGCUCAGGAAGUUGUAACUCUGAUCCCGAGAAGAGGUCCGGGGCUCCGCCGGCAGCCGAAGGUUCCAUGACACCAAAGCGAAGAAGCGGGGAGACCUCUGACAUUGAUUAGCUCGGUGACUUCACCCCAUGCCAGGGUUUUGAGCUGGAAGAGACGCUAGUCCUAUGCCCUCAUUUUUCAGAUGAGGAAGUUCCCUCUGGAUCAAACUUUCUCCAUCUGUGAAAAUGAGUAGGACUAAGUAAUCUGUGGUACCCUUCUGCCCUUCUGGAAUCAUCAGAUACAGCUUUAGAGGAGGAAGGGGCCUCAGGCCCUUCCUUCCUAGAGAUUUAAGUGAUUUUAUCUCCACCUCCUGGCUUGCUUCAGGUCCCAGCUACCAUCCCACUUUCUGAUGGAAGCUCUUGCUUAAUGCUAGUUGAAAGAAGAAAAGGCAAGGACUGAAGAGCUGCUCCCUCCACCUAAGUCUUCAGCUGUUUAAGCUGAAUGCAUUGUGAUUUCCAAUAAUUGAGACAGUGAUUCUAAAAGCUGUCUACAUUAAUGAAAAGAACAAUGUAGUCAGCUUAGCUAAGUCAUCAGUGUUGCCUAUUGACUAACUUGAUGGAUUUUUGCAUGUUAGGAGAGUAGAUUGAUAUAACUUGAAGUUUUUGUUCUUUUAAAGUGGUUAUUUUAAGAGUAUUUAAAAUAUGGAGACAUUGGAAAGCAUAGCUCCUCUCCAGCAAGAGUUGACAAGAGAAUUGAUUGUGGAAAACCACCUUUAUCUCCCGCCACUGCCUCCUAGCGAAGAGCCUCCACCACCUCCCCUGCAAACGUCCAGUGACGCAGACGUAAUGGACGUUGGCUCUGGUGGUGCUGGACAGUCAGAUACCCCUGCUGGGGACAUGUACGCCCACUUCGGACCCCAGCUUCUCACCAAAGGAUCUGCUCCCUACAAAAGCCGCCUCUGCAUAGACCCAGACAACUGCGACCUAAGCCCGAGAACAGCUCGCCACGCCCCUUUAGUCCGAAAAUUCAUCCCAGAUCUUAGGUUGCUUAAAGAUGUCAAGAUUAGCGUAAGCUUUACAGAAAGCUGUAAAAGCAAAGACAGAAAGGUUCUCUAUACUGGGGCGGAGCCAGAUGAUAAAGCUGAGGCAGCUUUUAGUAUAAAUGAUGUCAAAGGAGAUUUUCAUGUGUGUCCUUUUGAUGGUAGUCAUGGGAACAUAGUAGGAGUAGUGGGUGAAAGUGUAGACAAGAGGGAUGAGGAAAAUGAGAUUGAUCAGGAAAAGAGAGUGGAGUAUGCAGUGCUGGAUGAGUUAGAAGAUUUUACUGACAAUAUGGAAAUAGAGGAAGAAACAGGAGGGUUCACAGCUAAAGCAAUUUCUCAACGAGAUAAAGUGGAUGAAGACACCUUGAAUUUCUCCUAUGAGGAUGAUUUUGACAAUGAUGUGGAUGCGCUUCUAGAAGAGGGUCUUUGUGCCCCCAAAAAGAGGAAGAUCGAAGAGAAAUAUGGAGGGGAGAGUGAUCACCUGUCUGAUGCAGAAACAACUGUGCAGCCAAUGAUGACCAAAAUAAAGACUGUUCUGAAAAGCCGUGGCCGCCCGCCUACAGAACCAUUACCUGAUGGAUGGAUCAUGACAUUCCAUAACUCUGGAAUUCCUGUCUAUCUGCAUAGAGAAUCUAGAGUUGUUACCUGGUCCAGACCAUACUUCUUAGGAACAGGAAGCAUAAGGAAACAUGAUCCUCCCCUGAGCAGCAUUCCUUGUCUACAUUAUAAGAAAAUGAAGGACAAUGAGGAAAGAGAACUCAGCAAUGACAUCACCCCGAUUGGGGAUGCCUCCCCUAUCAAGUCCAUGGAGAAGGCUUCUGAGCUGGACAGUCAGACUGAGGAGCCAGACUCCACAGCAGUGGACUCUGGGUCCCUCGAUGAGAAAGAACCUCUAGGGGGAGACACAGCCCAAGGAGCCUUAGGACAAGUUAAGGCCAAAGUGGAAGUGUGUAAAGACGAAUCUGUGGAUCUUGAGGACUUUCGAAACUAUCUGGAAAAGCGUUUUGAUUUUGAGCAAGUGACUGUGAAAAAGUUCAGGACUUGGGCAGAAAGACGCCAGUUCAACCGUGAAAUGAAGCGUAAGCAGGCAGAAUCCGAGAGGCCCAUCUUGCCAGCCAACCAGAAACUCAUUACUUUGUCUGUGCAUGAUGCACCUACAAAGAAAGAGUUUGUUAUUAAUCCCAAUGGGAAGUCAGAAGUCUGCAUACUGCACGAAUACAUGCAGCGAGUCCUCAAGGUUCGCCCUGUUUACACUUUCUUUGAAUGUGAGAACCCAAGUGAGCCUUUUGGAGCCUCAGUGACUAUUGAUGGAGUGACCUAUGGGGCUGGAACUGCAAGCAGCAAAAAGCUUGCAAAGAACAAAGCUGCCCGAGCCACACUGGAAAUUCUCAUCCCUGACUUUGUUAAGCAGACCUCCGACGAGAAACCCAAAGACAGUGAAGAACUGGAGUAUUUCAACCAUAUCAGUAUUGAAGAUUCUCGGGUGUAUGAAUUGACCAGUAAGGCAGGACUUUUGUCACCAUAUCAGAUUCUCCACGAGUGCCUUAAAAGAAACCAUGGAAUGGGUGACACUACCAUCAAGUUUGAAGUGAUCCCUGGGAAAAACCAGAAGAGCGAAUAUGUGAUGACAUGUGGGAAGCAUACUGUCCGAGGCUGGUGUAAAAACAAGAGAGUUGGGAAACAAUUAGCCUCUCAGAAAAUCCUUCAACUUCUGCACCCACAUGUCAAAAACUGGGGCUCUUUAUUGCGCAUGUAUGGCCGGGAGAGCAACAAGAUGGUGAAACAGGAAAUGUCAGAUAAAAGUGUGAUUGAACUUCAGCAGUAUGCCAAAAAGAACAAGCCAAAUCUACACAUUCUGAACAAACUGCAGGAAGAGAUGAAAAAGCUGGCGCAGGAGAGGGAGGAAACCCGGAAGAAGCCCAAGAUGACCAUUGUUGAGUCAGCUCAGCCCGGCAGUGAGCCUCUGUGCACAGUUGAUGUGUAGCCAGCCAGCAGCUCGAGUGGGGAGCAGUGAGACACGCGGCCUGCAGCCCCCGGUGCUCUGUGCACGGCAGGCUGCUCUUCAGAGACACAUCCUUCUGUUUCUGCCCCGUUGGGCCCUGUCAUUCACCCUCAACUUGUUACCUCUUAGGAGUCAUGUUUAAAUGAUUGAUCAGAAAGGGAAAAAAAAGGCUCUUUGGGAGGCCACCAAGCAGAGAUGCUAACAAACCACCCUUCACUACAGACCUUGUAAAAGCAAGCACUUUGUCCUUGACAGUCAUCCAUAGUGUCUGCAUUGGAUGGGUGUUUCUGGAUCAGAUUCAGAGUAUGUACAGCUUGGAGCAGAUAUAUUAGAGAUAUAUGAAGAAAUGCCGGCUUCUGUGCCUCAAGCUGUUUUUAUGGCAGGUUUUGUUGCAUUUCAGCUUGUAACAGUGUGCAGUGGCAGAGACGAAUAAGCAAGGAGACACGUUCCAAAUUGAGGCGUGAGCCCCUUGGAGAGCCUGGCCUGCUGGAGGCCUGGCCUGGGGAGCAGGACAAGCUCGUGUCUUUAAAUCCCAAACCAGAAUGACUCCUAGGAGGAGUGAGUGACAGGUUUGAUUCUCCCCCUCCCUGACCUUUCCUUUUAAAAAAAACAAAACAAAACACAAUUGGGAAAAACUAUAAUGAGGAAUUCAUUAUAGUGGUGAAAGGAACUCUUUGGCUGUUUGGGCAUCAAAGCCACUUUUUAGAUCUUGGAGGAUAAACAUUAACUGAUGACAGUUAUUCUUUUAACUGAAAUCCUCUGCUAGUGCACAACAGUUACAAACUGAAGCCGUGAUUGGCCGAUUUUAAUGGGUUUACUGCCUUGAGUGCAUUUUUAUUUGUUUUUCUACCCUAGUCUUAAAACCCUUAAAAAGAGACCUUUUUUAAUACCAAGACUCCCCCUUCUCUCCCUCUUUUCCUUCUUGGCACCCGCAAAAGUUUUUAGGGAAUUGAUUUUUCUCAGUGUGUGGCUGGCUGUGGAGCUGUGCUGUAACGCUUUGGUGAGAUUUUUGUAGCAUUCUUGAAAAGCAACUUUGGCCUUGACGUGUGGAGCGUGUUAAUGACAAUGAAUUAAGGCAUUUGGGGGGUGUUGGCCUGGUGGAGAGUAGCCAGAGGUAGUACAGUCUGCUUUGACAAGGGCUGGUUUCGGGCACAGGGGGUGCUGCGCCUCCUGAGGCAGUGGGGCUUUGUGGCCAGCCUCCUAAAUGUGCGCCUGCUUUCUGGGGUCUGUUGGCUUCUUUGUCAAACAGUGGAAGUGUUACACACAUCCUUUGUACCCCUAAAAGUCCUCAGUCGUGGUGCUUGUCUGAGCAGGACUCCCUCUUCCCAAGAGCUGGGGACAGACAAAGUUAGCAGCCUGUCCUGUCCCUCUGGGAAAAGCUGGCUUGCUCCAGUUUCCAGACUCUCUUCCCUACAGACAUAUAGCACCGGGCUCCACAUGGUCCUUGUUUGGGGAGGCUCUGGGGUGUGCCUCGAUCUACACUAGUGAACAGGCUGGGGUCUUUGCAGUCUAUUUUCAGUGUAGAGAAGGUGAAGGGAAGAUUAAAUUUCUCAGCCCUUGUCUAAAAUGGCUUCUCUUUUUAAUAGAGCUUUAAUGCUGGAGAUGGCAGCAAUCUUUGGGAGAGACUUGGUGAUGUAUUGAGUGGUCACAGCUCUUGGCAAAGAUCUUUGCUGUCUUCUUGGAAAGAUGGGGCUGACCUUUACCUUUAGGCAGCACUGUCCACCCCACCACCCCAGCCCACCUGGGCCAAGCACCCUAGUAGAUUUGCCCAUCCCCAUCCCAUUUGUUGCCAGGACCCAGAGCAGACUCAGACCCUGCCCCACAGGUCUCACUUACACAGACCUGAUGUUUUUGGCUUAGAAAUAGGUGAAAACCAUAGGCACCACCUUGUUGCUCUAGCUGGCAUGUUGCUUUAGCCAUCCCUCAGCCCCUAGCUCUGAAUCAUGGGAAGGUGACCUUUGCCCUUAGCAAGUGCAGGCAGAGACCCAUGACCCAAAGUUCCCUCCAUCUUUGGCAUUCUGCAGACCAGAUGUCGCCUCUCACCUUUAGACAGGAGCGGGGCUUGUAGCAAGGCCGUGGGCCAUGAAGUGGAAAUGUGCGCCAGGAACCAGCUGUGGACUCGCUGCCUCAAGCAGAGCUGUCCAGAGGAAGCUGUUGCUUGCCCCCUUCUUGUCCUUGCUCUUGGUUGGGUGUGUGUCCUGGGUGGCCGACUUCCUAAGGUACUGUGUCAAUAAAGUGGGACCAUCCUCUUUGCUCA